GCUCAGGAAGAUGGCUGCUCAGGGAGUGGAUUGUGCAGCAGGGAUACAGCAUGGCAGUGCUUGUGUCUUUCUGCAGCCAUCGGUGGUUACAGGGGGCCCAGAAUUGUAUAAGCCGCAAGAUACAGAUAUUGGUUUUCAUCGGUAUUAUACUAAAUUAUGUAGCCUUCGGCCCUCAGACUCUGAGAGCUUCCGUACAGAAAUAAACCUCCUCUUGGACCAGCUUAUCUCGCAGGACUACGUACCUGGAGCCGCUGAAGUGCGGGAGGAGGAGGUUUGUGCUUUACUUGUUCAAGCAUGUCAUCUUGUUCAUCUCACCCAGGAACAUCUUGUUAGCAAAGUGUGUCAGCUUAUCCAUUAUUUGCUCAACAGACUUCAGGUUAUUGUUGAUGAACGCAAUCUGGAUUUUCUGCUCUCAUUUUCAAUUUCUGCUCUGAAGCAAUGCAGCUCCUGGACCCAUGCUGAUAUUCUUCAGGCUUUGGCAGCUUUAGUUUAUAACAAUGCACCAAACUGCCAGAAGUAUCUUCCUGAGUUGUUGGGACAACAUGGGAUCUUGGUACAGUUAUGUCAUCCAAGUCAGUCAAACCCAGAUCUGUUGAGAGCUGCAAUCCAUAGCAUGGCCAAUCUUUGCCUUAGUGUACCUGGACAACCUUACUUGGAAGAAUCCUACAAAGCCAUUUGUUUUAACGCUUUUAUAACUGUUCUCCAGUCUUCUAAAAACGCCUCUGUGGAUGAAAUUGCAGCUUGUACACUGCUUCAGAAUUCAUUAAAAGGGAUACAGUCUAUUUUAAAUGGUGGCAAGAUGAAACUAAAGGAGACUGAUCAACUGGGGACGCUGCUUGCUGUGCUGAAGAAAUAUAUGUUUUAUGGACUUCCUGGGCUAAACAUAGAAACACCAGUGGUCCUGUAUCCAGCACCCCUCCCUCAGUAUGAUGGCAGAUCUCCAAUUAAACCAGAGCAAUCUGAAAGAGUCACAGUUCGACAAACCGUGAACAAAAAGAAGAAAUCCAGAGGUAAACAAAGAAGAGGUCAGCAAGAAGAAGAAAGCAAAGACGAGUUAGAAAAUGAAAUAGACGGAAUAUUACCAAGCAUGGAAACCCUAAACGUUUCUGCAGCAGAUACACAGUACAGUCCAUAUUUAGGACCACAGAUAUCUCCUUUCAAGAAUCGGCUAGGAGGAAAAGACAGUUUCAGAAAGAUGAACAGCAGUGAUUCUGAAUAUUCUGAUACAGAAGGGGGUCUGCAGAAUAAAAUAAGGUCAUUUCAAGCAAAAGUUCGACAAGGAGCUUUAUCAUGCUUUCUAUCUACAAUAAAAUCUAUUGAGAAGAAGAUUUUUUAUGGUUAUUGGUCAGCCUUUGUGCCAGAUAUGCCCGGAAUAGGAUGCCCUCAGUCGGUUUCGUUGAUGACCAUUGCUCUUAAAGAUCAUUCUCCAAAGACCCGGGCUUGUGCCCUCCAGGUUCUAUCUGCCAUUCUGGAUGGAUCAAAACAGUUUCUUUCUGUUGCUGAUGACGCAAGUGAUCACAAACAAGCUUUUACUCCGUUCUCUCUUUCUCUUGCCUUAAGUAUAAGAGAGCUUCACCGAUGCCUUCUGCUAGCAUUAGUUGCAGAGUCGUCUUCUCAGACACUUACACAAGUGAUCAAGUGCCUUGCAAACUUGGUAUUAAACGCACCUUACCAUCGGUUAAAACCAGGGCUGCUUACAAGAGUUUGGAGCCAAAUAAAACCUUAUAUUCGCAACAAAGAUGUCAAUGUUCGUGUUUCUAGCCUUACAUUACUGGGUGCUAUUGUAUCAGCUCAGAAUCCUUUGCCAGAAGUACAGCUGCUUUUACAGCAACCAAGUGACUCUUUAUUGUCAAGCAGUGGCUCUUCUACCCCAAGUCUAUUCAGUGAUGCAGAAUUGUGGAGAAAAGAACCUUCUCUAGAUUUAGAAGGGAAAAAUGGACUCGGUUCUGGCGACUCCGAACAGUGUUGGCUUAUACGCUUGUGCAUUACAUUGGUGGUUAAACCAAAGGAAGACAGUUAUUCUGACAGUGAUGUUAGUUCUUCAACUGCAGUCCUAUAUGAGCCAUCUCCUGUACGGCUAGAGGCACUGCAGGUACUAGCACACCUUGUGAAAGGAUAUUUUAAUAUGGCACAGAGAUAUUUACUAGAGCUGGCAGAAGUAGCAUGUAAGUGCAUGGAAGAGACAGACGCAUCCAUUCAGCUGCAUGGUGCAAAGCUUCUGGAAGAGUUGGGCACAGGAAUAGUACAGCAACAGAAACCAGACUCUUUAGUUCCUGUUAAUCAGCGAGUUCCUGUCAGUCAGGCUGUAACAUUUUGGAACCUGAUACUAAAUGGACCUCUUCCAGGAGCACUGCAGAAUGAACAGCAUCCUACUCUUCAAACUAGUGCCUGUGAUGCUUUGUCAUCUAUUUUGCCAGAGGCUUUCAGCAAAUUGCCAAAUGACCGGCAAAUAUUGUGCAUUACAAUGUUACUUGGACUGAACCACAGUGAAAAUCCUUUGGUAAAAGCCGCGGCUGCACGAGCUCUGGGUGUAUAUAUCCUGUUCCCUUCUCUUCGGCAGAAUGUUAUGUUUGUUGCUGACACAGCAAAUGCUAUACUGAUGUCACUUAAUGACAAGUCUCCAAAUGUCCGUGCUAAAGCAGCUUGGUCCUUGGGUAACCUUACUGACACCCUGAUUGUUAACAUGGAAGCUUUGGGAUACAGCUUUCAAGAUGAGUUUUCAGAUAUGCUACUUCUAAAAAUGCUACGGUUAGCAACUGAGGCUUCGAAAGACAAAGAUAAGGUAAAGAGUAAUGCUGUUCGUGCCCUGGGUAACUUGCUGCAUUUUCUGCAGCCUUCUCACAUUAUAAAACCCAGGUUUUCAGAGAGCAUUGAAAGCUCUAUUCAAGCAUUAAUUGCAACCGUUCUUGGCAGUGGAACAAUGAAAGUGAGGUGGAAUGCGUGCUAUGCGCUAGGAAAUGUAUUUAAAAACUCUGCUUUGCCACUAGGCGAAGCUCCAUGGACAGCAGAUGCUUACAAUGCCCUUACUACUGUUGUAAAAUCCUGUAAAAAUUUUAAAGUUCGCAUAAAGUCAGCAAUGGCCCUUUCUAUACCGAUAAAAAGAGAGCAGUAUGGAAGCACUGAACAAUACUGUAGCAUAUGGAUCGCCCUUGUUACAGCUUUACAAAACAGCGAAGACACCGAGGAUUUUCUUGAGUUCAGGUAUUGUGCCAGUCUGCGUGCUCAGAUCUGCCAGGCUUUAAUACAUUUGCUCAGCAUGGCAUGUCACGAAGACCUGCCAUACAUUGGAAAAACAUUGCAGGAGAAAGGAGAAAUGAUGCGAAGCUACAUUGUGCAAUACAUAAAUGCAGCAGGAGAAGGAGAAGAAAUACAGAGAGAAAAAAUAGAAAGACAUAAAAUGCUUCUGCAAGCAUUCGAUCAUAUACACAAGAUUCGAAAACAACCCGGAGUUGUGAAUGUGGUGCUUAAAGUAGAUUAUUUAGAAUCUUUCUUUAAAAGCUUUGAAAAGGAAUUUGAAGCUUAGUUGGAUUUAUUGAUAGAUGGAUUUCCAGCGAUCUUCACUACAAUGAACUACUAUACCUUUAAAAUGUAUUCUUGGUGAAAAAAAAUGACUGAGAUAUUUUGGACGUAAGCCUUCCUAAAAUCCAAAUAAGUACUAUUAAUAUGUAUUUAUUAUUUUGGUAUACUGGAAGAGAAUACUGUACAUACCUCAUAUGUAUGUCUUUACAAAAGGGCAGCAAGUUUAUCGUGCACAUUUUUUAUUUCUGUUUUAUUUUAGUUUGACAGCUAUUCAUUCAUUCAUUUUGCAUAUUUACUUACUGCCUAUUUCAUACAUUUAAGAAAAAACAACUCAUCUACCUUAAAGUGAUUGUAAAGUAUAAUGAAUUAAAGCCCAGUAUUAAAAAAUACUCUUAAAAACAGGGGCACUUUAAUUAAUUAAAAUUUACAAACACGCUUUUUUUUCGUUACGAUAAACAGACCGCUGAUCCUCCGCUCUCUUCUCCUUCAGUAUUUUGCAGAUAGGUGAUGAAUUCGGCUUCCUCCAGUCAUCGAUAUGUAAAAUACAGAAGGAGAAGCGGCCGGAGGAUUGGCAGUCUGUUUAACGUAACAAAAAGUUAAAAAAAUGUUUUAAAAAAGAAGCGUCUUUGUAAAGUUUAGUGAAUUAAAAUUUCCCUGUUUUUAAGAGGUUUUUUUUUUUUUAAUAUUGGGCUUUAAUUCCUUAUACUUUACAAUCACUUUAAUAUGUCUGCAAAAAAAGCCCAUAAACGAUUUCUUUGUUAACUAGUGGAUGUUUACAACAUAGAACAAAAUCCACAAGAGUUUACGUGUCUAAAAGGACAAUUAACAAUUACAUGAAUUUUUUUUUUUAGUUUUUAACCUGCCAACGUUUCAGUACUGAUCCUGUGCAGAGAGAUAAAAUAAUAAUUAAAAUUUGUAAAGGAUUAAUUUGUGGGUUUUAUAAUUUUUAAUAAAAUGUAAGAUAAUAAUGUAUUUAAUAGCUUAUAUCUUAUUUAAAUAUCAACUACAGAGUUGAUAAAACUGUAAUAUUGAUUUAAGAUAUCAGGUUUCUUUUUACAGAAUUUGGCUUCUUGAUUACAUAAAGCUUCCUAAUAAAAUAUUUAAACAUAUUGCAUAUCCAAGAUUUUAGUUUCUAGACAAGAGAUCCUCUCACAAGCAUUAUGUAUAACCACUGUGUGCUGCUUUCAUCAAAUAUAUAUUCUGCAAAUAUUGAAAAAUUCAAUUUUUAUAUAUUAUUGCAAUCAAAAAUAUCAAAUUUGUUAAACAUUAUAUACAAUUAUUAUUUUCUUUAAAGUAAAUAAAUUAUUUUGUUCUAGAGGAAUAA